GAGGACAUUGAGAAGAUGGCAAUGUUAUUGCUGGCGGCUCUUAUCCCUGUUUUAUUGGGCUGUGAGUGCGAUCAUGUACACAUGCCGGUCGACUGUUCUGAUGUCUAUAAAGCGGGACACAACGUCAGUGGGAUUUACUCCAUCUAUCCAGCAGGAGACGUUCCUGUCUGGGUUUACUGUCACAUGAUCUCAGAUGGGAAAGAUGAAGACAAAGGAGGAUGGACGGUGAUUCAGAGGAGAAUGGACGGCAGUGUGAAUUUCUAUCGGCCGUGGAAUCAGUACAAGAGAGGAUUCGGGAAUGUGGAGAGCGAAUACUGGCUGGGGCUGGAGAACAUGUACCAGCUGACGCGUAACAGAAAGUACAUGCUGAGAGUGGAUCUGGAGGACUUUGAAGGAAGGAAGGGUUUUGCUCUGUACUCGUCCUUCUCUGUGGAUUGUGAAUGUGUCGGAUAUCAGCUGCAUGUGUCAGGGUUCACUGAUGGAGGAGCAGGCGACUCUUUAUCUGGCCAUAAUGGAUACAAGUUCUCCACCUUUGACAAAGACCAAGACACUUAUGAGAAGAACUGUGCCAAACAGUAUCUCGGGGCAUUUUGGUACACAGCCUGUCACACUACAAACCCCAACGGUGUGUAUUUAUGGGGAGAAGACGACACCCAUUUCGCCAUUGGUGUUGUUUGGUCAACCUGGAAGAAUUACGCUGUCAGUAUGAAAUCCAUCAGCAUGAAGAUCAAACGUGUGUCUUAGAGACAUUACAGUGCUCCUGAAGGGGAAACAUUGGACUUUUUAUCUUUUUUAUGACAUUUUAAGAUGUUCUUUUCUCUUUCCUUUGUGUAACUGAGCAAUAUUUUGAAAUAUAUGUUGGCUGUUGGUGUUGCACAUUUUAUUUUGGUCAAUUCUAAUGUUUUGAUUUUACUAUAGUGUUACUAAUAUUAGGCCUUUCUUCAAAAACGUUCAGUAAACUUAUACAAUG